AUGCCAGAGGUAACAUCGUACGCCCCGGGAACCCCUUCCUGGGCCGAACUGUCAACUACCGAUGAGGCCGGUGCCCUGUCCUUUUACAGCGCACUCUUCGGCUGGGUGGACAACCCCCAGGAGAUGGCCCCCAACUCCUACUACCACAUGCAGACAAUAAACGACCUGCCCGCCUGCGCUAUGUAUCAGCAGGGCGAGGAAGAGCGCAGCCAGAAUGUGCCGCCCCACUGGAACAUCUACUUCACUGUGGAAAACGUCGAUCAGACCAUGGCCACCAUCGGCCAGCACGGUGGACAGGUGGUGUUCGGGCCGCACGACGUGUUCGAGGCAGGGCGCAUGGCCAUGUGCCAGGACCCCCAGGGCGCCUUCUUUGCCAUCUGGCAACCCAAUCAGCACAUCGGCGCCCGCAUCAAGCAUGAUUCUGGCGCCAUGUUCUGGCACGAGUUGCUGACAACCGACCGGGCGGCUGGGCUGGAGUUUUACAAGGCAGCCCUCGGCCUCGAGCAGUUCCAGGUGCCUGAAUCCGCUAUGGACUACACCAUGCUCCGUGCUGGCGGCACCGAGGUUGCCGGUGUAAUGCAGAUCACUCCCGAAAUGGGGGAAUUCCCGCCCCAUUGGACGGUCUAUUUCGGCGUUGAAAACGCCGACGAGGCCGUCGCCAAGGCUCAGUCACUGGGCGCGACGGUCUAUGUCCCCGCCACCGACAUUGUCCUGUUCGAGGGUCAGCCGCCCAUCGGCCGCUUUGCGGCUCUCGGCGACCCGCAGGGCGCUGCUUUCAGCGUUUUCCAGGACAUCCCUCCGGCGCCUCAGGGAUAG